CCGAUUGGCGGAGAGCGGGGGCGGGGCGGGUGUGUGGCGGAAGUGGCGGCGGGGGGCGGGGAUGUGGAGAGCGGGCAUGGCCGCCGGGGACGGGCUGGGCCCGGCGCUCCGCGCCGUCACCGAGCAGGUGCAGCAGGCGGCGGCGCGGCGGCCGCAGGGGCUCCCGGCCGUGCAGCCGCGGCUCGUGGCCGUCAGCAAGACCAAGCCGGCAGAGAUGGUGAUGGAGGCCUACAGCCACGGGCAGCGCAGCUUCGGGGAGAACUACGUUCAGGAGCUGCUGGAAAAGGCAUCAGACUCCAGGAUUCUCUCAUCCUGUCCAGACAUCAAGUGGCAUUUCAUUGGCCACCUGCAGAAGAACAAUGUCAACAAGCUGAUCGCUGUCCCAAACCUGUUCAUGUUGGAAACAGUGGAUUCUGUGAAACUGGCAGACAGAGUCAACAGCUCGUGGCAGAAAAAAGGAUCAUCCCAGAAGCUGAAGGUCAUGGUGCAAGUUAACACCAGCGGGGAGGACAGCAAGCAUGGCCUUGCCCCCGGGGACACCACGGCUGCUGUGGAGCACGUCAUCAACAAGUGCCCCAGCCUGGAAUUCGUGGGGCUGAUGACCAUCGGCAGCAUCGGGCAUGACCUCAGCAAGGGGCCAAAUCCUGACUUCCAGGUGCUGCUGUCCCUGCGGCAGGAGGUGUGUGAGAAGCUGAACCUGCCCCUGGACAAGGUGGAGCUGAGCAUGGGCAUGUCCACGGACUUCCAGCACGCAAUAGAGGUUGGAUCCACAAACGUCAGGAUUGGGAGCACUAUUUUUGGAGAGAGGGAUUAUUCCAACAAGGCCCCCGCUGGGGGUGGAGGCCAGACAGAGGCUGUGACAGUGCAGGGGCACUAGAGGGAAGACAAGUGGCCUCAGCACAGGAGAGACCUCGCCGUGGGAGACCUCACUAUGCAUUUUUACCUCCCUCCAUGUCGGCACCCAUCGUGAUGGUGAGAGGGAAUUCCUCGGAGCAGAGGCCAGAAUGCCUCGUGAUCAUUGUGAUUAUAGAGUACCCCUAGAAACUGGAGAUCUUUGUAACCAACAAGGAAUUCGAGGGUUGGAAGUGGCUGUGGUGUCUUGGUUCCUCAGGGUCAUCAAGGACAGAGACUUUGGGGUAACUGGGCUGGACAAACAGGUGUUUGUCAGGCUGGAGUUGUUGCUGAGCAAGGUGGGUGUCACUGCAGCAGUGCUGGUGGUUGUUUUUGCUGAGGACUAAACGCUUCAUUCAACACAUUAUGAUUGCCAGAAACCUGUAAAUGUUUCCCCAAGUACAAGUUUUGCACGUGGGAUGGUUACACAGGAGCUGGGAUGGGGCACAGGAGAGGCCUUGGCCAUGGGAAGGGGUGAGUGACAGGCACAGGGGACUGUGAGGAGCUCAGCUGCCACUGUGAGUUCAUGGUGUGAGGCUUUGGCUGCGCAUGACAAGUGUGGGAGUGUCUUUUCAGCUCAAUUUUGUCCUUUUCAGCUGACAUUAACUUUUCCCAUGGCUCCGUGGCUGCCCAGAUCUGGAAUGCUUUCCUCCCUUCCCUUCCUUUCCCCUCCUCAGUUGUUGGGAAUUAUUUUCAUCCUGCCUUGUAGUUUUGCUGCUGUUUUUUGGUCAGAAUGGGGGUUUUCUGCCAGGCCUCUGCUCUGCCACCAGCUUGCUGCUGCUUUCCAAGGUUUGGUGCCUGUGCCAUCCCCUUUACACAUGUGUGAGGAUAAAAGUGCUUGGCUCAGGGCAGCAGGGAGCUUUCCUUGGGAAAAUACUUCAGAAAAUGAAGUUUUAUUAUCCCACUGCAUUCUGGCUUCCUAAAAAAAAAAUCAUUUGGCCACUGAGAGAGCUUCUAGGCUUAACAUCCUCUCCUGCUUUUGGAAGAGGGAAAUGGUACUGUCACUGCAGUAACUUUCCUCCAGGUGUGAGCAGAAGCUCCUGCCUUGUCCUGUGUUGUUUGGCCGGUCUCACAACCCGUGUCACAGCUGAUUUUUGGGCUUUUGUGUCUGCUGAGAGGAGGGGAGCUCGGCUGCCAGCAGGAACAUCCUCCCCAGGCUUUGCUCUGUGUGCGUGUGGUUAAAUCUCGCUGUUGGUUUCACUCUCCAAAAGCUGAAUGUAAAUGAAAAGAGAACUCCACCUCCAACCUGUCGUAGCUCCGUGGUUUAGAAGCGCCGGGGGUCGGGGCCGCCCCCCUCGCGCUGCUCCGUGUGUGGUUCAUCGUCUAGUAAUAAACAGUGCUCCGUUCAAUGCCAUCUGUGCCAGCUCAAAAGCUAUUAAAGAUGUUAUUUUUAUCUUCCA